AGAGAAGCUCUGAGGGGGGGAGACAGUGAGCGGGGGCGAGGAGAGACCCCCCAUCCUGCCACAUCUAUCCGAGGACCCCCCUAUAAAUAUCAGCACAGCUCCCUCCCCACAGAGACAUGUCCAGCGAGAAAACAGGCCCUCCGGACUCUGGACCCCACAGCUCCCCCCCACCCUAUAACCAGCCGGUGGGGGAGGGACCCUGUAAUGGCGUUAUUCCAGGUUAUAAUGAUCCUCCACCUCAGCCAGCUAAUGCUACCCUUCCCCGCCAAGAUGCUCAAGGCUAUCUUCAGGAGACCCCAUUUACAGGGGCACCCCAAGCUCCCCAAGGGUAUGUGGUGCAGACGCACACGCCCACAGGAACACUGCCAGGUGGAGGGUAUGUGCCACAACCAACAGGGUAUCCCAUGCACCUGCAGCCCUGCACAGCCUACGUCCCGGUGUACCCCAUGGGAACGCAAUACCAAGCUGGAAAUGUCCCCCCCCAGCCUGGGAUCCCACCUCCUCAGAUUCCCCCUGGACUGGCCCUACUAGAGCCACGACGUCCUCCUCAUGACUAUAUGCCGAUCGCUGUGCUCACCACAAUCUGCUGCUUCUGGCCCACUGGAGUUAUCGCCAUCAUAAAGGCUGUGCAGGUGAGGACAGCUUUGGCUCGUGGAGACAUCAUGUCUGCAGAAAUAGCUUCUCGUGAGGCCCGGAACUUCUCCUUCAUUAGCCUGGCAGUGGGGAUUGCUGCUAUGGUCCUGUGCACCAUCCUUACAGUUGUUAUUAUCAUCGCAGCUCAGCACCACGAAAAUGACUGGGGUAACUAAAUUAUCCCUCUGGGACUUGGGGGCAUCUGAUGUACAGACCAAGCCACCAAGAUCUCACCCAGCACUUUCUUAAGUCGCCUAUCUCAAAACCUUUUUUUUUAAUUUAUUUUUUAAAUAAUUUUCUCUUUUUUAAUUCUUUUUCAUCUUCUUUAAUGUCUUCCUUUAAUUUUUCCUUCUUGUGUUCUUCCCCCUUUCUCCUCUCACCAAUAAUUUCUUCUCUCUCUGUCCAUACGUUUUCCCCUGUGUGUCAUUUUUCCUUCUCAUUUCCGUCCUUCCUUUGGUUGACCAUGUUUGACCUCUCCAGAUAGUCUCUCUCUUCUCCUGUGUUUCCUGUCCACCAAAGUGCUCUCUGUCUCCUACCUUCCUUUCUGUCUGCUCCCACCCCUAUUCCCCUCCCUUGUUUUGAAUAAUACAGGUGCCAUCUUGGGGUGUUAUGGGGUAAAAUAGGAGUUUCAUGGGGGUACUUUUUUUUAGCUAUGUCUUAUAGGUGCAGAAGAACAGUGGGCUGAGAAGUAAAGGCUCCAGGAGAUAGCUCGAGAGUCAUGAUGCAUACAGGAAACGAGUGGACUGUCGCACGGGGAGUAGUCCUUCAGAGAGAGACAGCCAGGCGAACUUUACAAGGAAUGAGUGUAGAUUUUUAAAAUGAAUGUGUGACAUGAGAUGUUGGGACUAGCUGGCAUGGGCGUGGUCAUUGUGGGCCAAAAGAUCAUUUUUACUGACCGUUCAACUGGAAGGGUCAAAACUACCAAAAUCCUUUUCCUCUUGUGGGAAUCUGAGAGCCUCAUAGACAUGGGAAGACUGGUGGAUCCACCACGAUCUGCCAACCAGAACCUAAUGUCUAUGGUCAGCUCAAACCCAAGAUGUGAUAAGCCAUAGGGAAGCCGAGAAGAAUGAGUCUAUAUAAGAUGGCACUCACGUGCAGGUGCAUGAGAGGUUAUAGGAACACAAUACAGGUGA